GUUGUAAAGCUUGUUGCAGGGCCCUCUAUGAAGACUACAAGAUGGCGCGUUUACGCUUUCCCGGUAGACCUGGGCAGAGAUUUGGUCGUAAUCUAGUUAGACUAUUGCCUGAAGAAGCUCAAAAUUGUCACAGAACAUUCUUCAAUGUCACAGCUACCAUCCAUAGAAAUUUAAAGCAAUUUUACGAGUUAGUUGGAGAGUCAGAUGAGGAUGAGGAAUUUGAAGGAUUUUUGGAUGAAGAUGUAAGAGCAACUUUCCAUUCUGAUAUAGACUCAUCACCAGAGAAACCUUCUAGAAUACCUUCUAGAGGGCGCCUUAAGCGAACGCCUAGAAAGUCUUACAGAGAUCUACUGAAAUAUGGUAAAGGUGCUUUUUGCAAGUUAAAACAAUAUGAAAUAGAAAGUGAGGUUGAAAAAGCAGUGAAUGAAGUAAAAUAUGACUCGCCUGAACGAUUUGCGAGACGUCCUGUUCUGAAAUUGAAGCGUUUAAGAGGUUCACACAGUACCUCAGACUCAUUAAGUUCUGCUAAGCACUCAUUACUAUUAGAAAAUAGCACAGAUGUUGAAUUAAGCAGUGAAGUCAAAGAAACUGAUGAUGAGGAAGAUCCGUUAAUAUCAAUAGGAUCUGGGCAGCCAGGAAAAGGGAAAAUUGCAAGGAUUAUUCGUUUGAAAAAUCGGAAAUCUGUAAUUCGAUAUGUUACACCUUCUGAAAAUGAGUAUGUUUCCUUGGAACUUUUUGAACGAAAACGUCAAUAUAAGAAACCAUUUAUUCCUAAAAAUGUUGCUGCACCACAGCUUAAAGUUGCAGUACAAGUCAGGAAGUCGGAACAGACUAUUGCAAAGCAGCUCCUCAAGAAAGCAAGGAGAGGAAGACCCAGUAAGAACAUAUUUGGAACUCUUGCUCUGGCUAAAGAUGACAAUAUUCCAAUUUUGUUUCGAAAGAGACAAAUUAAAAGGACUCAACAGUAUGAUGGAAUGGUAUCUGGUCAGGAUUUUAAUUUUUUAAAGCGAAAGGAGAACAGCAGGGUUAAGCAAAAAGUAAUUCCCAAAAAGAAAGAACUAUCCAAGGUGAAAGAAAUCCCCACACGGAGGAAGUAUGUCAGAAGAAAAGGUGUUGCAAAAAAGCUGCCAUCUUUAAAGUUGGAAUUGUCAAAAGUCGCAUAUAAAAACCCAAAGAAAUUUUCUCUUCCUCAAAUAAGUGCAAGAUCUUCACGAAAAAUUAAACCCUCUAAGCGUUUUCUUGAUGGAAGUUUGCUUUAUAGUUCCGCUAACUUUCCCGAAAAUCAGGAACAUGGCAUAAAGUCUAUCAAGCGGGAAAGUGUUGCUCCGAAAGACAGUUCAGGUAAGGAGAACAAAGACCGACCAGUGAAAAUACCAGUAAAAAUUAAAGCAAAACCUGCUGUAAAAGUGAAUGCUGUUACGAAAAAGAAAACACCAAUAACUAAAGUAAUCUCAAAUAACCUUUCCCAAAAGAAAAAGCUAAAGCUAACAGGGAAGUCUAAAAAACAGCAUACUCAGAAGAAAAAAACAUUAAAUCUAAGAGCUAGGAAGGCAAGCAUUUCAAAGCCAGUCAAAAAGAGACUGAAAGAGUUAAAGGAACCGGAUAAUGUAGUCACAGAAAGUUUUCAAAUAAAAGAAUCUAUAGAUAAGGAUGAGAAAAGUGCAAUAGUAUCAACAAAAGAAUUUGAGGAAAAUGAGCUUGAAACCAAAGAUGAAUUGUCGAAGGACACUGUUGUCAUGGAAACGAAAAUUAAAGCGGCAGAAGAUGCCAUUGAAAUCUCGGUAGAGGACUCAAUUAGUUCAGAUGAAAACAUUUUACGUGAUAUAGAAAGAACAACUGAAACAGACACUACUGAUGUGAUAUUGAAAGAUGAAGUACUAUGUCAGCAUCUGACAAUGCUGGCAGAUUUCUCAAAUGAAGAACUUUUAGAGUUACAAGGUAUCUUCAGCGAUGAAGUUCCGUUGACAGACUUGAAAAGCACAGUGAGUAAAAAGAAGAAGAAGAAAAAGAAGAAGAAAAAGUGCCAUCAUAAACGCUAUGUUGCAAAGAAGUUUGAUUUAAAUAUCAGAGAUGAAAAUGAGACGAUAAAAAAGAAACGAAAAAGUAAAAAAAAGAAAAGGAAGACAUUGCCCCAAAAAAGUCCAAGGACAUUACAAAAGCCGGAGCGUUUCAAAGAUGGAAAUUUUGUUUACAGUGAUGAAUGGAGCGAUGUCGAAACUACUGGCCCUUUUAAGAUGUCUCAUCGAAGUGAAACAAAAAGUAAAGAUAUACCCAAGAAACUAUUGGAGAAGGCUAAAGCCAUGGCCCGACGACGCUUAAUUUUGAAGUCAAAGGAAUCGGCCGCAAAAGCAGAGCGAGUUCGCAACCAGAGUUCAAAGCUUCAGAAGAAGAGUCCCAUGGAGGCGAAGACUUCGACACCCGCAACACUUGGGACAUGGCCAGAUGCUGUCUCUCGGCAGAUGGCUGAGGCCAUAGAAGCAGACAGGUCACCUGAAAGAAUCGCCAAGAACCAAGCCCAAAAGAAAGAGAAAAAAGUUGAAGCAGUACCUAAGCCCAAGUCAGUUCGGUUACUAGGUCGUGGCCCCCGUAUCAAGCAUGUUUGCCGUCGUGCGUCUGUAGCCUUAGGAUGCCCCACCGCUAUUUUUCAAGAGCUUGAAGAGCCCUCGCUGAGUGCCUUACCUCUGGACGAGAGAGACCAAGCAAUGGUCGUACUUGAUUCUGACACGUCAGUAGACAGAGGCGAUACUUCAAGUCCCUCCAUCUCCUCAACGACCUCUUCACCUCUUUUGGUGAGAACUAGACCGGGCUCAAAGACUGGGCGUAAUCGCAAAAUACGCUGCAAGGUAUGUCCGGGCUGUAAGCAGGUCGAUGAUUGCGAACAAUGCGGAAAUUGCUUGGACAAAACAAAGUAUGGUGGGCGUAAUGUAAGGAAGCAAUGUUGCAAAUAUAAAAAAUGCUCGAACCCACAGUGGUCAUUAAAGACCAGUAUAACGAGACCUAAAGUACCUGCAAUCCAGAAACUGGUGGAUUUCGAUAAACCUGAAAACAACAAUCAGACAGGAAAGAAGAGCAAAGCUUUUGUUGCAAAUAAAAUCAUAAAGAAAAGCCUGCGAGAAAUGUUGUCGUCCCGUCAACAGAAGAUUGAGAAUAGUUUGAACACACAGGUGGUAGUGAAGAGUCAGUUGCAGCAAGUACACCAUGCGAUGCAUCGUAUAAUGCUUAACUACAAGACUGACUGUAAUGUAUUGAAUGCAUGGCAUGAUGGGGUAGCCAUCUUAUCAUCAGAGCCAAUGGUUCCCCGUACCGUUUGCUAUCUGUGUGGAAGCAAGGGCCAACAUGAUUUUCUUUAUUGCAAUAUCUGCUGCGAGCCAUUCCAUGAAUUUUGUCUGGAUGAAGAAGACCAGCCGCUUGAUGGAGAGGUAGAGAACUGGUGCUGUCGAAACUGCAAGUUCUGCCAUGUCUGUGGCUGCCAGAAUAAUUUAUUGCAAUGCAACAAGUGUAAGAACACCUAUCAUGCUGAAUGCCUGGGUCCUAACUAUCCAACCAAACCCUCAAAGAAAAGGAAGAUUUGGAUUUGCACAAAAUGUGUGAAGUGUAAAAGUUGUGGUGCUACAACACCCGGUCCAGGCAAUGCUACCUGGUGCUACGACUUCUCAUUAUGUCAAGAUUGUGGGAAGUUGUUUGAUCGUGGCAACUAUUGUCCCAUUUGCAAUCGUUGCUAUGAAGAUGAUGAUUACGAAUCAAAGAUGAUGCAAUGUGGGUCAUGUGACACAUGGAUUCAUGCAAAGUGCGAAGGAUUAACAGAUGAUUUAUAUAAUAUAAUGGCAGACCUGCCAGAGAAUGUUGUGUAUCUUUGUCCUCGCUGUGAUCCAGUCAGGCCGGCAAAAUGGAUGACAGAAAUAAUGGAGGAGAUGCAAGCAGGAUUCAAGAAUGUUAUCACAUCAUUAUUAAAUUGUAAAAGUGCAAGUCAUCUUAUUAAACCAAAGAAAAAUAAAUCUAAAAAAGAUUCCAGUCGGUCAUCUGGUGUGUUAGAUGUUCAACGACAAGAAAUACCAACAAGGACGUCACCAAGGUUACAUCAAGAAGGCAGCAGUUCUACUCCAACGCGGACAUCUCCCAGAUUAGCCAAUACAGAAGGACACAAGUCAACGCCACCAACUUCAAGUGUUAUAGAUUAUAGUUGUUACUCCUUGUGUGAAAUCACUGGCAGACUUAUAGACAAUCAAGCCAUGAUGCAGGUAGCACCAGCAUCAUGUGACACUCCAGAUGUUGCUAUGGAUGGCGUGCAAGAGGUUGCCAUAGAAGGCACACAGGAUGUGUUGAAUGAGUGUAAUAGGGAAACAUCUGUUUCAAAUAAAUUACUACAAGAGUCUAUAGCUGGUUCUGGGACCUUACCACAAACCAGUAUAAACUCAAAUUUAACAGAAUCAGGAAUUAAUUCAACGAACAAUACAAAAAUUCAAGAGGAUUUAUCUGCAAAGGGAAACACAAAUGUUUUAAUAAAUUUUUUGGAUGAUAGUAAAUUAGCUGUUACUAGUGAAAACAAUCAGCAAAAUGAAUUAAUGGCUGUUUGUAAGGAGUUAGCAAGUUGUGAUCCAAUGGCUUUGUUAGUCUCUGGAGAAUCCGAGAGCAUUGAUCCAACAGACUUGUCACUUCCCAAAGAAAGUGGAGGCAUUGCUCCUACUACUUUGCCAGCCUCAGAAGACAUUGGAAGCUGUGAACCUUCAGGGCUGUUAACCACCAAGGAGAGUGGAAGUGUUAAUUCUUUAGGAUCUGAGAUGGAAGAAAUUGAUGUAAUGUUAGUUGAUGACAAUAAAACAUCUGAUAAAUUGGAUAGUGGCGAAAAAGGUCUUGCAAUGGAGAUGCCUUCCAUGGAAGUGGACAAUAAUGGAGAGGGGAUCAAUCUUAAAAAGGACACAUCUACUCGUUUGAAUGUUGGUCCUGAUGAUAUUGAUUCAGCAAAAAAAUCUAACAUACCAGUAGAUGGUUGUUCAAUUAAUAUAGGAUUGCCUGUACCUCAAACGUCAUCUACUUCAACUAUGACAGCAGUAAUGGGAGACGUUACCAAAACAUUGACUUUGUCACUUCCUAAAAUCUCUAAUAAAGUAAUGACAACUAAUUUGCUUGAAACGUCGACUGCCAAUAUUUUAGGAAACACUAAUAUUCGAAAGGAAGUAACCACUUCUAGUUUUGGUUCAUUGAAUACUGCCAGUACAGUUGUCUCUGCUGGUGUUGACACCUCAGAAAAUCAAGUCUUGGAUCUUAGUUCAAUAUCGCCAAGUACUUGCACAACCAUAUCUGCAUAUUCCGAUGAAGGAAAUGCACUGACAUCUCCAGCCAGUUUGCAGAUUCUUGCUGACUUUUUGCAAUUUAAUGUUGCCAAUGCAACAGGAGCGGCUAACAAUACUUUACUAACUCUACCAUCGAAUGUCACUAACCACCCAGUGUCACUUGUCACAAACAGUACAAAUGGACAGUUAGUCCCAUCUGUGAACAGUAAUACCAGCAUUAUUCCUCCGGGUGUAUCCAUCCUUGAUCUGACACAAGGCUUACCAGAUGACAUCAGUAACCUUAUUCUCCAGUCUGAUGCAAGCCUGCAAGAAUUGACCUUGGACUCUGUUGCAACACCUGUGAAAGAAAAGGUAGAGCGACCAGCAAAUUUCAUUAUGGUAAAGAACAAAGUGGACUCCAUGAAGUAUUUAUCAGUGUCGGACUUCAUUGAUGAUUGCGUAGCCAUCAUACAGGAAUCCAUUUCAAGUGAGACUUUGCAGACUGGGGCUCUAAAGCGCAGCAAUCUAGUUGUCCGAGAACAGUUUCUGAAUGUCAUGGAAAAGAUGUUUCCAUGGUGUAAUGUGUUGAACUCUAACUGUUGGCAGAAGAAUCAUAUUUAUCCAGAUGGUAUGCUGCCCAAUGCUGUAUUACCCCCACAUUCUGAUCAUGAGUAUGCACAGUGGCAGGUAAGGACAUUACCAGCACCAAAGACACCACAACCAUCACCGCUGAAGAAGGUUCACCCAUCGAAACGAGUCGCUGAAGAGAGUUCAGAACUUGAGGAUGCAUUUGAUUUUCUGCCACUGAAUGAGAACAUUGAAGAUCCUCGACGCUGCAACUUCUGUGGAGAGUACGGUGACCAUGAGCCAGAUCACGCUGGACGACUGCUCUACAGCGGACAGGACGAGUGGAUACACAUCAACUGUGGGCUGUGGUCAGCAGAGGUGUUUGAAGAAAUUGAUGGGUCAUUGGUGAAUGUCCACAGUGCUAUAUCCAGAGGACGUUUAUUGCGUUGUGAACUAUGUGAUCGGACAGGUGCAACAGUUGGUUGUAACACUCGUGGUUGCCCUGCAAAUUAUCACUUUAUGUGUGCUCGAAAAAAGAACGCAUUCUUCCUUGAGGACAAAAAAGUUUUUUGUUGGCAGCAUGGACACCAUGCUGACAAAGAGCUUGUUGAGGAUGGUCACUUUGCAGUAUUGCGACGGGUUUGCAUCAGUCUUGAUAACAUGAAACCAAACAAGACGUUUUCUAAAGGUUUACAGCCAUCACAAGUGAAUGCUAUGAUUGGGUCAUUAACAGUGGAGUAUUUAGGCCGUUUAGGUCCUCUCUCGGACUGCAAAGAAGCACUUUAUCCAAUUGACUAUAGGUGUUGUCGUGUGUACUGGAGUACUGUUGAUCCAGGUAAACGAUGUGUUUAUAACAUCAAGAUUUUAGAGGUAACACCAGAGACAUCUUCUGACCAGUCUUCACUUGUUGAAACCAACAAAACAUUGAUACAUAAAGUUCAUGCUAACAUGGCUGACAACCCAGUGCCCAUCACAGAUGUCAUGAGUGAUGACAAUAUGUUAACGACCAUCUCAAAUUUCGGACAUUCAACUGAUUUUGAAACCUCAGAUGUCAUUCCACUGGAGACAAAUGAAGAAGCAGGGGAUGUCAUUAAAUCACUCCAUCAAAAUGAAUCUGAAUUGGUGACAAUAAAUAGCAGCAUUGAUUCUCAGAAUCAGCAGCUUGAUCAAAUGGAAACACAGGAACCAGCAAAAGUCAAGAGGUUAUCAGAACAAGCUUUAGAGGUUUAUCAAGAAACUACAGGAAAUUCAGUUCAGUUUGGCAUGGGAGUCGAUGAAGAUUUUGUUUUCAGUCUCAACGAAUCCACAAAGUUAAGCAACAGCUAUCCAAUGUCCAGAACGGACAGCUGGAGAAAGAAGACUGAAAAUGCAAGAUGUCACUCUUGGUCUGGUGGAGAGACAAACCUACAGGGUAACAUGAUUAUUAACUGCACUAACAAAGAAGAAUCACAACUGGUCCAUGAUGACCACCCUGUUGUGUUGAGUAGAAUGGUUGAAGCCUUGAAUAGAGCUGCUGCUGGAUCACAAAAGAAAUGUAAACCAAUCAGAGAUACUGUAUGUAACACCUUGUCAAACACCCUGAAAACCAAUGAAAUUCAUGUCAGUGAUGUAGCAAUUAAAGAAGCAGAUAUUGGAGGAAAUCCUAUUGGAGAUGCAGUCUGUAAAAGUACUCAAGUGUUAGUGACUGAGAAUAGUAUCGACUCAGAUGCUGCCAUAACAAAAACUGAUGUUGAUUCCUGUAUACUUGUUGAUGUAUCUCAUAGCAGUCAUCAUGACAGUCAUCAACCCUGUGAAGCCAUGGUAAAUCAGAACACUGCAGACCAUAGUGGUGAUAUCACAGAUCCUUGCAUUGUGGGUAAUUCAGAAGAAAUUACAAAUUUGAUAUCAACUCAAUUUCCAACAAGCAAUUAUUUAAUGAAAAGUGUUUCUAAAGAUGAUGGAAAGGAAAAUUCUGAAACUGACUUUGGAAAAGCUGAGGAUCAGCAGUUACAACUUGUGGAUGAAGAUGGUGAAGGACAGCAUAAUGUAGAAGACAGCCUCUCCACUAAGCCUGUUUUUGGUACUGACAUCAACCAUCUUCUCAGCGUUAAUUCUUCUAAGAUCACUACACAAAAUUCAAAUACAGAUAACAAUAAAGAACCUUUAUUGAUCACUUGUAAUGGGGAUGUAGCAGUUACUGCUAAAUAUACAGAGGGGAAAGAAGAAUCACAAACAAAUAAUGAAAAUAACAGUGGGCCAAAUGAUUGCGAAAAAUCAACAGUUGAAACAAAUGAUAAUGUGAUGGAUGAAUGCAAAGAUAUAAUUGAUUUGUCAAAGGAAAAACACAUUGGUGUAUGUCAGAGAAAUGAUGAGCCAUUGGAAUGUACAUAUUGCAGUAAGUCGUACGUCAAGGAAAGUUUCUAUCUUAAACAUAUCAUGAAUUGUAAACAAAGGCAAGAUAAUGUGACAGACAAUAAGAGAGGUUUGGAAGAACUCAGUGUUGUGAUCACCAAAGAUGAGGAUGUGUUAUUGCAAGAUCCUGACAACGGUCAGUUAAAGAGAAAGCUUGGUACCAACAUUGAUGAAGCAAUGAUUAGCCCACGAUCAAGAAAAAAAUAUAAGUUAGAGGCUGAAAGAUUGAAUUUUGAUGAAUUUGUCCCAGAAUCUAAACUGGAUAAAUUGGAUAUUGCAAAACCAGGAAGAAAGAGUUACCCGAUGAGGAACACCUCUUCCAGGCUGAUCAGAAUCGCAUCAGAAUCUGAGACAAUGGAAAUCACAGAUGAGCUUCCAUCACCACCAAAGAUCAGGAAAGGUCUACGAGUUAGCUUAUCACCAGUGGAUAUUAAAACUGCUCAUGAAAGUUUAGAAAAAGAUGAAACUUCUGAUGCCAUUAAACCUGCCGUGCCAAAACGUGGUCGCCCACGAAAGCUACCUGUAAGUAAUGAAGUUCAAGCUGAAAAUGCAUUAGGAAAUACAAAUGAAAGAAGAGUGACUAGAUCAAGACUUUUUGAAAAUGAAUCUUGUGGAGAUGUUCAAGGUGGUAUCAGUACAAGAAGGAGGCCAAGAAACAGUGGUGAUACUUCAAAACCAUUGGAGGCUAAAGAAAAGAGUAAUGAUUUGGAUGACAACGUGCAAUCGCCACCUGUGAAGAGGAAAAGAGGAAGACCGCCAUUGAAAAGAAAAGAUGACGCUGGAAACAGUAAAACUAUUACAAGUGAUGAAGUAAUUGAGGAAAUUAAUGCCACACAAACAAAGGACUCGGACAUUAAUCAGGAAGUUGGUGAUACUACAUCUAAAUUUGAAAAUACAAAAGAAAAUUCAGCAGCUGACAAAAAUCUUAAAGUAACAUCAAUGGACGAGUGCCUAAGAAGUGACACUCAAGCGCAUCUGUCUUCCUGCGUUAGAAGUUCUUCAGAUAAUUUGGUUGCAAGGGACAGAUUUAAACCAAAUAUAAUCAGAAAAAAAAAUACACAGGCAAAAGAUUGUGGUCUCCAGACAAUGCAGCCUGUGUAUAUGUAUGUCAACAAUCAAGAUGAUGGCAGCAUAUUCAAAGAAAUUCGAAACCCAUGCAGUUCUGGAAAAGAAGGAACAAUACCACUAAGCCAGCCUCAACAGGUCAUUAAUAAUUCUUCACCUGUUGAAAACAAAUCAACAAAGUGUGUUGGUAAUAGUAGCCAGGUACCAACAUCUGCUGUCAUAGGUACACAAAUACCGCCAAUUAGCAAUCCACAAAGCUUCAUCCGGAGUUUAAGCAUUCCAGGUGCAUUUGUACAGCCAUCUGUAGUUGUACAGUCACCUGUUCUUGUACAGCCUACUGUUCCUGUACAGGCACCUGUUAUUGUACAGCCCACUGUUCCUGUUGUAAACACAGUCACUGUGAUGGUUAAACCUCUUAAUCCAAUGGCUAAUGCACCAGCUACAAUACCAACAGUUUAUGUUAAAGAGAACACUCAAAUUUUAAGUCCAGUAAGAAGUCCGUCUAGUGCCCAUUUACCCCCUUCACCAGUAGUUUUACCAGUUCGGGAGGCUGUCCAAAGAAACAUGAAACCAUCCAUUAUACAAAUUUCUCGUACUCCACUCAGCUCUGCUCCAAUCCAAAAUUGUGUUACCAUGGCACAGACUAUUCCACUGUCAAACUUAAUAAACACAAACCCAGUGCAUCGCUUGAUUAACUCUGCUCCACUCCUUAAUAACCAAACCGAUGAACGGUCCCUUUUUUCAGACUUCAAGCGUAUCAUUUCUGUUCCUCCACAAGAUACAGUAAUACCUGUUGAAUCUUUAUCCCCUGUUGGCCAAGUACCAACUGGCUACAAAGUUGCCAUUCCAAGUCUUGCUCAAAACCACCACAUUGUCUCCAGAAGUCCGCCAAAAUUGAUACGUCCAUCUCAAACGAUUUCCAUUCUUGAGUCUAAUGAGAAAUCUGGAUAUUCUUAUAAACGUAUCCAUCCAGAGAAGUUACCAAUCCCCCGAUUACCACGUAUAGAGCCAAUAAAAGUUGCGCCUUUUGGAAUCCACCAUAUGAAGAGUAUCUUGAAUCCGUCUUACGUAUCUGUACCUAGAUAUCUUGGCACGACUCAGUUACCGCACUCAGUUACAACUUCAAGUUGCAGCAUUCUGCAAAGUCUUGCUCAGCAUGUAAUCACAAACCCAAGCACCAUCACCACGAUGGCCUCCAGUCCUACUUUAUUGCUUCCACCUACAGAAAGUCUUCCUAAAACAAUGUCAGUUAUGAACAGUGAUAGUGCAAAGCAUCUUGCUGUACCAGUCCAAUCUGGACUUGACAAGCCAGUGACAGCUGUGCACCAACCUGAGAUCCGUUCUUGCAAUGUAAAGGACACAACAAGAAACAUGGAUACUGAUGCCAUUCCAAGUACACCAGCAACUCCUAAUAAUGUUCAGAGGGAAAUAGAUGAAUCAACACAGCCAGCAGGAUUGGUUCACAAAGAUUUAACCCCACCCAUUCAGAAUGUUGCCGAUGAACAAGAGGUGACCUCACCACUGCUCUCCAUGUUGAUGGAGAAAGAAUUGAGAGAAAGCUCAGCUCCUCCGUCUAAGGAUGAGCCGCAUCUUGUGUUUGAGGUCACCAGUGAUGAUGGGUUUAGUACUCGUGCGGAUACGAUGGAGGAUGCAUGGAAGCAGGUGGUGGACCUUGUCAAUGAGCGGAGGAAUGAUGCCAGGAUGAAGAGUUUGUCUUUCACAGGUGUUCAUGGUCUGUGUAUGCUUGGGAUUACAAAUGAUGCAAUGGUGUUCCUUAUUGAGCAGCUAUUUGGUGCACCAAAUUGUCGCAAGUACCAUUUUCGAUACCAUAAAUAUCAACGAGAAAGUGAUGAAGAGGAAGAGCUCGCCAUCAACGCCCAUGGAUGCGCACGUGCUGAGCCCCAUAAACGGACUCGCUUCAGUCAUGAUAUGUUUGAUUUCUUGGCAUCAAAACAUCGCAAACCUCCUCCUCUACUAGUUGUCAACGAUGAUGAUGAUUCCUCAUACGGUAGUGCCAGGCGUCCUACGAGUAUUGACCUUCCAAUGGCUAUGCGUUUCCGACAUCUUAAAGAUACAGCAAAGGAAGCAGUAGGUGUAUUCAGAUCUGAUAUUCAUGGCCGGGGCUUAUUUUGUAAACGGUUGAUUGAAGCGGGCGAGAUGAUCAUCGAGUACAGUGGAACAGUCAUCCGCUCAGUCUUAACAGACAAACGAGAGAAGUACUAUGAAAGCAAGGGUAUUGGCUGUUACAUGUUUCGCAUUGAUGAUUAUGAUGUCAUCGAUGCCACAGUCCACGGUAAUGCUGCACGUUUCAUCAACCACUCUUGUGAGCCAAACUGCUACUCGCGUGUGAUCAACGUUGAUGGAAAGAAACACAUCGUGAUCUUUGCCAGUCGACAAAUCUUUGUUGGUGAGGAGUUGACGUAUGACUACAAGUUUCCUAUUGAGGACGUCAAGCUGCCUUGCAAUUGUGGCUCCAGAAAAUGUCGAAAAUAUCUCAACUAGUGAAAUAGGUAACAUCUCAGGCUGUUACGAUUAACAAAUUUUCUUCAACAAGAAACUAGCUGUAUGCCCAUAUAUAGUCAUGAUGUGCCUAUAUAUGGUCAGGAUGUCAUACAGUAUUUCCAUGAUCAUAUUUAGGGAUAUUACGUUCUUGUCAAAUAAUAUUUGAUGUGGACAAAGAUUAAUACCUAACCUUUGACAAUUAUUUGAAAUUGUUCGAACAUGCGGAAUAUAUUUGAUGGAUUUCCUUGACUAUUAUCUUCAGAAUUGUUGGAAUAGAGGAAUUGCUGUUUGAUGGAAAACUUUGUGUUGGCUUCAGAUUCCAUCAUCUUCAAAACAGAACCAUUUUUAGUGUUAUUGACAGGUUACCAGAGUAGUUUAAUCAUUAAUUUCUUUAAAGUGCAGUUCUGUAUGGUCACAUCAUUAUGACGUAUACCUAAUAAAAGGUAGGCUUGGUAUCUUUACAUGGUACAAAUUUGGGCUCAAUUAUCACAUGACCAAAUGGUACUGGCUGUGCUAAGUUAAGUGGCAACAAUCUCAGGAACUUAAGUAUAUUAAGUAAUGAUUGAUGUUUCAAAUAUAGAAUGCUUUUAUAUGAAAGAGGGCAGUAUUUAUAGAAUAUAUUGUAAAAUGUACAAAGCACUCUUGGAUAUUAUAAAGCAUUAUGGGAUAGCAUAAGUGUGUUUGAUACCUUGUUGCUCAAGCUGUAGUUUAUAUAUAUUAUUUUUUGAUUAUUUGAAAUGUUGAUUAUUUGGAGUUGAUUGUUCACAAAAAUUUUUAUCAUAUGGAAAUUAAACAAAAGAUUUUGAUUAAAUAACGCACAAAAUGUGAACUGUACUUCACUGCGAAAUCUUGAAAAUUAAGUAUUGAAUUUACCACCAUGAUAAUGCAUUAUAUAUUUCUGCAUAGAAUGAUACCAGCUAUGAAACCUUUUCCUAUAUUUAGGUAAAACUAAACAUUUAUUACAAUACUCUAUUUAGAUAGCUAUAAGGAGCUACCAAGAGAUUAUAAACAGGGCAUUUUUUUGUAAUUAUUUUUUAUGUUAAACAUACUACAUUUCAUAAUCAAUUUUUCAUAUCUUAUUUAUCACUAUUAAUUUAUUUGUACAGUAUGCCAUGUACACAAGACUUCAAUCUCAUUUGCAUAUUCAUGAGAGAAGGGAAUGGAUAUUAUUUUAUCACCUGGUAGCAAUAUUCACCAAUCAUAUGGUACAAAUUAAUAUGUCUUGACUACUAUCACUGAUUUUGUAAUCUGAUGUUACUUCGAAGGAUUAGUUACAUGGAAACCAAUAUCAUUUUGCUGGUUAGUCAAUGCCUCCAAUUAUCUGUUCUUUAUCAGCAAGUUGUAAACUCAUCACAGUUGCUUGAAACUCAUAAAAAAAGACUCUUUAGUAUCAUUAAUGAAAUAUUUAAGGUCAAGACUCCUUAGCAUCAAUAAUAUAAUGCUUAGUGAGUCUUUCAUAUUAUUGCACUUCUUCCUCUGAUAAAUGAAAUCAUUGUCUCGAUAAUAAUAUUAGAAUCUUAGUCAUUUUAAUAUUUUUUAUGAUUUGAAAUGACUUAUAAUGUAGCCUAAAUGAUUCUAGACUCAAAAUCGUAAAUCAGUUGAAAAAAAAACAGCAUUUAUUUAUUACUGCGAGGAGAAUGAACUAUGAGGAGAAUGAAUCAACAGACAGUUGUUUGUAGUAUAUUCAUCAUUUGAAGAUGUAUGUAAAAUGUACAUGUAUAUAUUUUUGUUCUGUAUAAAAGGUCGUUGACCUUCUUUCAUAAUAAAAGAGUUUCUAAUCAAUUUAUGUGUUGAUAACUUUCCAUAAUUUAUCUAAAGUGUAGAAUAAAAGAUUUUUUCAAAAUUU